AUGGAAGGGUGAGAUUUUUCAAUCAAAAACAAGUCAAAGUCGACUCCGAGUACGGCAUUAUCUGUGCAAGUUCUGCGCCCUUUUUGUUACCUCCGUAGACAAGGCGUAUAAACGUCUCUCCCGGUGGAGGUGGAUCUGCACCUGAUAUGACUUCAGUGGCGGUGGCCGUAAACGGCGGCGAAGGAGUCGGUGGAAGAGGAAGCCGACGAGCCGUUAAGUGGGCGGUCGAGAAUUUGUUGCCACAGACCCAGCGGUUCAUCUUAGUCCACGUCAUUCCCGCCAUCACUUUUAUACCCACUCCAUCUGGAGAUCGUAUUCCCAUUGAAGAACUGGACGAGAAUGUGGUGGCACUGUACGUGCUGGAAGUGAAAGUGAAGUUUGAAGAAAUCUUUAUACCCUUUAAAAAGCUAUGCAAGGCACAGAAGGUGGAAACUGUGGUGCUAAUGGAUGACAAUCCCGCCUCUGCGAUUUUAAAUUAUGUAUCACAAUCGGGUAUUAAUAGUUUAGUGUUGGGUUCUUGGUCUCCGAAUUGUAUAAUUAGGAAGCUAAAGGGACCAGGGGUACCAACUACUGUGCUGAAUGGUUCUCCAGAAAUGUGCAACGUUCAUGUUGUAUCUAAACGCAAAAUCAUCACAAAGUCAACGUAUUCCUCUUUCAUUAGCGAGGCCAGCUCUAGGAACAGGAUGUCUCAUGAAAGAGAUCAUAAGAAAAGUUCCAGCAGCAUCAAUAAUUUAGUGUCUGAACCAGAAAUUUAUUCUCCCUAUGUGGAAUCCAAAGUUCAGAAAUCCUUUGGAGAAUCAUCACUGUCUCACCGUAGUGUCAAAGGCUCUGAAGCUUCAAUGAAAACUGAAUCGUCAUAUGUGCAGGCUGAAAUAGAACAAUUGCGGCUAGAAUUACAAAAUACCAUUUCCUUGUAUAAACGAGCCUGUGAAGAGCUGGUCCAUACACAGAGCCAGGUUGAGUUACUUUCUUCUGAUAUUGUUGAGGAAGCUGGAAGAGUGAAUGCUGCCCUAGAAAGGGAAGAAGCAUUGAGGAAAAUUGCUGCUGAAGAGAAAGCAAAGUAUUUGCAAGCCAAGACAGAGCUAGAGGAGGCAAAAGAAUUGCUCGCUAAUGAAGCUUAUGAAAGGCAGAUGGCUGAGCUCAGAGCCAAUAAAGAGUCCUCUGAGAAACAGAGAAUUGUUGAUGCGCUUUUCAUGAGUGAUAGGAGGUACAAAAAGUACACUCAGGACGAAAUAGAAUUGGCAACAAAUUUCUUCUCUCAGAGUAAUGUGAUUGGUGAAGGAGGGUAUGGGAAAGUAUAUAAAUGCAUUCUUGAUCAUACCCCAGUAGCAGUUAAGGCUCUCAGGUCUGAUGCAGUUACCAAGAAAGAGGAAUUCUUAAGAGAGGUUGAAGUUCUAAGCCAAUUACACCAUCCACACUUGGUUUUGCUGCUUGGAGCUUGUCCUGAGAGUGGUUGUCUGGUCUAUGAAUACUUGGAAAAUGGAAGUCUGGAGGAGCAUAUCUUUCACCGAAAUGAAAAAUCACCUCUACCUUGGUUUGUUCGGUUCCGGGUAGUUUUUGAAGUGGCUUGUGCACUUGCAUUCUUACAUAACUCAAAGCCAGAGCCUGUUGUCCAUCGAGAUCUAAAACCAGGUAAUAUAUUGUUAGACAGGAAUUACGUGAGCAAAAUUGGAGAUGUUGGGCUGGCUAAGCUCAUUACAGAUAUUGUUCCUGACAACAUCACAGAGUAUAAAGACUCGAUUAUUGCGGGUACUCUAUGCUACAUGGAUCCUGAGUACAUGAGAACUGGGACCAUCAGACCAAAAUCAGAUCUAUAUGCUUUUGGAAUUAUAAUUCUCCAAUUAUUAACCGCUCAUCAGCCAAAUGGACUUGCGUCAAUUGUUGAAAAUGCCUUCAGAAAAGGAUGCUUUGAGGACAUUCUAGAUACAUCGGUUGCAGAUUGGCCACUUGCUGAAACAGAGGAACUAGCUAAAAUUGCCCUGCAGUGCUCGCAACUUAGAUGCAGGGACAGACCGGAUCUUGAUACUGAAGUUCUGCCAGUUCUUAGAAGGCUUGCAGAUUCCGCGGCUACUAGGGGAAAGGUGGAAAGAGCCAAUACCCACGCGCCAAGCCACUACUUCUGUCCGAUACUUCAGGAAAUAAUGGAUGAUCCAUACAUUGCUUCUGAUGGUUUCACAUAUGAGUACAGAGCAAUCAAGGCGUGGCUUCAGAGGCACAGUGUGUCACCAGUGACGAAGCUUAGGCUUCAGCAUUCUAUGUUAACCCCAAAUCACACAUUACGUUCAGCCAUACAGGAGUGGGGGUCGAGUAAACAUUGUCAAGAACCUUAAAGAUAGUCGAGUUAUGCGCCACCUCGAGCGCUUUCAACGAUAGAAACAAGAAGACAUUUUGCUUCAGUGAUGAUAAGCCGACGAAAAUGUACAGCAGUAUGAGGUUUAGAGUAUUGAAUUAAUUAUGGUAGGUUGAAGGAAAAUCAAUGGAGCUUCAAACAAUUUAUAAGAUGUAAUUUUACAUCUAAACGUACAGAAGGUGGAAAAUUAGAAAGAUUACUUAUCUAGGAGGUGGAAAAUUACUAGAAGAAGAAGAAUUACCAAUCUUCUUGAUUCUUUCUCGA